AAACCAAAUUGGUUUUCUUCCUGGCCUUAAACCCUAAGUUAAAUCCCUGUCUCUAUUUACCUUUAUUCCCUUGCCCUUAUACAAACAUCAAUUCUUUCAAGAACAUUCACUCAGAGAAAUAAUAAUGAAGCUUCAUUUCUCUAGAAAAUUAUUUUCUUUACUUCCUCAAAACCAUCAAUUCUCCAUCUCCUCCACAAGGGUUUUAGCUUCUUUACUCUUCUCUACUAAAACCCCAACUAAACCAUUAUCUUCUUCACACUCUACUACAUUAUGCAGAAGAAUUGAAGCCAUAAGAGACCCCAGGGUCUCCAUCGUACCAGUUCUUGAUCAAUGGGUCAAAGAAGGCAACCCUGUUGACAAACACCAUCUUGUGUCCUUGGUUCGUCUCAUGAAAGAUUAUAAACGGUUCAAACAUGCUUUGGAGGUAUCAGAAUGGAUGACAGGCCGGCGGUUCUUUACAUUUACUACGGAAGAUGCAGCAGUCAGAUUGGGAUUAAUUCAUAGAGUUCGUGGACUAGAGGAGGCCGAGAACUACUUUAAUAAACUUUCGGUUAAGUUAAAAACUAAGUACACAUAUGGUGCUAUUCUUAAUGGCUGUGUGCGAGAGAAAUCUGUGCAGAAAGCAGAAGCAGUCAUGCAGGAAAUGAGAGAAGGGGGCAUGACAACAUCAUCUUUUCCAUACAACAUCUUGAUCAUCCUUUACUCUCAAACCGGAGACUUUGACAAAAUCCCCCCAUUGCUGAAGGAAAUGGAAAGGAAUGGAAUUGCUCAAGAUAAAUACACACUGAGAAAUCUAAUUGCUGCUUCAGCUGCUGCAUCUGACAUUUCCGGGGUGGAAAGAAUCUUGAACUUGAUGGAGGAGAAUCCAGAGCUUGGUCUGGAUUGGAAAUUGUAUGCAAUGGCUGCUGAUGCGUAUCUGAAGAUUGGGUCCAUUGAUACAGCUUUGACAAUGUUGAAGAAGCUGGAGAAAUGGAUGGCCUUGAGAAAGAAGAAAGCAGUAUUUAAUUUUCUUUUGAGUCUCCAUGCAAAAACAGGGAAUAAGGAUGAGCUUUAUAGAAUUUGGAAUUUGUACAAGCCCUCGAGUGAAUCCAUGGACACAUCAUAUUGUUGCAUGAUUGACUCUCUUACGAAGCUGGAUGAUAUUGAGGGAGCAGAAAAGAUCUUUGAAGAGUGGGAGUUCCAGUGCACCACCACGUAUGACUUCCGUGUAUUGAACGGGCUUCUUGUUGCUUAUUGCAGUAGGGGACUUUUUGAGAAGGCUGAAGCAGCCAUAGAAAAGGCAGUGCAAGGAAGAACACCUUAUGCGAGCACAUGGCAUGUAAUGGCAAAGGGGUAUAUGGAACAUGAUCGAAUCCCCAAGGCCAUUGAGAUGUUGAAGAGGGCCGUCAAUGUUGGAAGAGACUGGAAACCAGAUCCCAUCCUUGUGAAUGCCUGUUUGGAGUACUUGGAAGGUCAGGGAGAUGCUGGAGAGAUGAAAGAAUUCACCCGGUUGGUGAAAAACUAGGAACUUUAUGGCAGCCGGAAAAUCAGUUACCGAUGUUCUUUAUCAGAUGAAAAUGGAUGGUUUUGCUGUUGACGAAGAAACACAAAAGGAUACUUGGGUCUUUGAUCACGAAAAUCAGUUGCCAAGUUUAUAGCAUCCUACAACUCGCGGGACAGGUAAAUUUUAAAGGUGUAACCAGUGACCAUGGGGCUUUAAAUAGACGAUCUGACAGUAUAAUGCAUUAGGAUCACGCCUUGAACGAUUAA